GGGAAGUGAGAGUGAAACAGGCGGGCGCAGUGAGGUUUCUGGAGCGCCAGUACUUUAUCAAUCACUUCAGAAUCGGAUUAUGAAAAGUUAUAUUUGAUUUUCAGGCGUUGUUGGUUUUGUCUCCGGGAUGCAGAGCGUCUUACUGCGCAGCCUCCGCAGCGUCAGGGAGAAGCUGCUCUCAGACAGCAGCCGGAGAGUUAAAGAGCGAAACGCAGAUAAAGACACUGAGGAUGAGGAGGAGGAGGAAGGCAGGGCCUUUCUGGACAACCUGCCGGUGGAUAUGCAGUUCCUCAUUAUGACCUACCUCUGUCCUGAAGACCUCUGCAGGCUAGGGGGCUGCAGUCGGUUCUGGAGGUCGAUGGUCCAGGAGCCUCUGCUCUGGAGGUACUUCUUCAUGCGGGACGUGAACAGCUGGACCUCAGUGGACCAUUUAUCGAUGCCUAAGGAGGAGUUCCUGAGCGCAGCGGCGCCGGACGCACCAGAGCUGCAGAAACUCGACUUUAUGGCAGAGUACCUGCGCUGCUCUCCCGCGUGUCGGUGUCGGUAUCAGCAGCCGCGGCCGGCUCUGGAGGCGGUGGCGUUCUUCCUGCAGAACCUGGUGUCCGGAUCAGAGCCGCGGUUCGCCAUGUUUGGGCCGGGUUUGGAGCAGCUGGACGUUUCUCUGAUGACCACCAUGAUGCACUCUCCACACAUCCUGCCUGUAGCGGGGAUACCGCAGCGGCAGAUCGGCGGAAUCGGAUCCGGAAUCAGUUUUCUGUACAACAAUCAACACAAAUUCAACAUCAUCACUUUAUAUUCCACUAACAGCUCAGAGCGAGAGCGAGCUCGUCUGGAGCAGCAGAGUGUGCGCAGUAAGCUGUUUGUCCUGCAGGGGGAGACAGAGAGUGGGCCGGUGUACUCUGUGGCUCCGCAGGUCCAGGAGGCGUGUCAGGCUGUAAAUGGAUUCAUCUUUGUCUCCAACGCUCAGACGGACAGAGGCCGUAUGGAAGAGGCCAGUCAGGUCCGGGCGGUCCUGCAGCCUAUUUGGGGUCCGGCGUCCCGCCCACUGCUCGUUCUGUCCUGCGUGUCCAGAGAUGGAGCUGUGCGGAUCCCCAGUGUUACUGUAGCCCACCAACUACAGCUCCACCUGCUGGCCAACCCCUGGAUGGUCCAGGACGUGGUAUCCGAGUCUUUGGCUGGACUGCUGGACGGUAUCGGCUGGUUACUGAAACAGUCUGGACUGAGGCUGUAGCUCCAGAGGACGUCAGUAUAAUCAGAAUUACGAGUGUGAAUACAGAGGUUAUAUCAUUCCUGUGGGAUAUUAGUAUUAUUAGCGUUAGUAUUAUUAGUAUUAUUAUUAUUGAUAGAUAACACUGACUUCGGUUACAUUCACUACAUUAAUUGAAGCAAUACUUAUUCUACAUAUUUAACGAUACACUAUUAUUACUGAAGUACAGAAAACUGUUUACAUAAACAUAGUUCAGUUUUCAUGAUGCCCUCUCAGAAUUGCCUUAAUGCAUUUUUUAUAUUUUUGUGAUGAUUUUAUUUUUACAUUUUGUGGAAUUUCUUUUGUAAAAUUAACUGUUAAAUAUGGAGGUACUGUCUCAGCAUGGUGUAUAAGUGGAUUUAAGAGCCUGAUGUGCCGAACAAUUUACUGUAACAAAAAGAAAAUGACCUGAAAAAUGAUGGAAAUAAAUGAAAGCGCAUCAUA